AGCAGGUCCAGGGACUGGAGCAUUCUCGGCAGCCUUGUCAGCUCGCAGCAGAUGAGAACAGCUUUGAGUUGAGGAAAUUGUGGCUGGACAGCCACGAGGCAGUUCAGCUGCCCAUUGCCUUGCUGCUGAUUAGCGCUUGUUGAAGCCUGUGCACUGCAGAGCACCUGGAGGGAGAGAGGACCCGGCCGGAUUCCUCUGUCCUAUGGGGAUGUUGGGGCAAGUUUUCACCCUCACACUCUUUCUUUUUUUCACUGGACAUCAGGGCCAAGAUUCUACCGAAAAUGUGCUUGGCCUCUCGGGAACAGCUCUCUGGUUACAGCCAUCCAACGCAAAGCCAAACGCACACUCUGUCCAAUGGAAGAUGCGGUUGUCUUCAGGUCCAGGAUGGUCUGUGAUAUUGACUUGGAAGAAUAAUUUCGGUCCGAACCAUGCAUCUUGGGUUUCAAAUCACUACAAAGAAAGAUUCGAUUUUAUAUUGAAGAGCUUGACUCUUCUCAUCAAGGCAGCUUAUCCGCAGGACAGUGGCUUCUACUUCCUGGAGGUCACCUAUCUAUCUGGGGCUGUUUCAAAAACCCAGUUCCAGGUUCUUGUAUUUGAAUCUCUGCUUCCAGAUCAUGUUGAGAAGCCCCACCUGCAGGAGCAGUGGAGCGUCCUGGAUAGGGGUUUGUGCCAAGUGGUUCUGUCCUGUUUGGUUUCCAAAGAUGGUAAUGUGAGCUAUGCUUGGUACAGAGGAAGUGAACUGAUCCAGACGCCAAGGAACCUCACCCGUUUGGAGUUGCAGGUUGAUGCUGAUGGUUUGCACAUGUAUACCUGCAAUGUCAGCAACCCUGUCAGCUGGGCAAGCCAUACCGUCAACCUCACCCAGGGAUGUUCGAGUGACCACAAGCAAUUCGGGUUUGUGCCCUUUCUGGUGUCCAUCGUGGUUCUCCUCAUCAUACUGUUCCUCAGCACCCUUGCCUGCUUCUGUGUGUGGAGGAGGAAGAGGAAGCAGUCAAAGACCAGCACAGAGGAAUUUUUGACAAUUUAUGCAGAUGUCAAUGACCUGCAAAUCAAGAGAAACCAAGAGCAGGAGCAGCAGCAGGAGCAGAAUCCCCCUGGAGAAGGGAUCACCAUCUACUCUACGAUCCAGUCUCAGCAUUCUGCUUCCACAUCACAAGACCCUGUAAAAACGAUAUAUUCAUUGGUACAGCCUUACCGGAUGUCCGGGUCCAAGAUGAGGAACCACAACCCUUCCUUCAAUCACACCAUCUAUGAAGAGGUUGGAAGGAGACAACCCAGAGCUCAGAACCCUGCUCGAUUGAGCUGCAGGGAGCUGGAGAGUUUCCAUAUAUAUUCUUAGUUGCUGAAGUUGUCCUCGUCUCUCUUACAUGCCAGCAUCUGCUUUGGGAAUUAGCACAAUAGAUGAUGACACAUGAGUCUCAACAGACUAAUUUCUAGUCUGGAGAGGACAUGGAAGUUUGUUCAUGGCUUAUAUUUUGUUUUAAAGAUGGUUUCUGACAGCCAUUUUAAGAGUAAGGCUGUUAAAAAAUAUCUGCCAAUUUCUAGACAGGGACAAGAAAAGGUGGAGAGGUUGGGAAGUUCACAAAUGACUACACAGCAAGUCCAAGCACUUGUACUUUAUGAAGUGCUUUGUAAAUGUAGGUUUUUGUAUUCCCUUCCCCUGGUUUUGUAAUCUGAUACUUGUCUUCCUCCUCUCUAAUCUGUAAUGACUACAUUUCUAUACCAUCACUCUGCAUAGGCUCAUCUUCCAAGGCAAGAGGAGGGGAAGAUAAUGAUGACUCAGAGGAAGCAGAAACAUCCCCUCUGUGAGGGUGGACGAACAGGCUGUGUCAGCUGGCAGAUUCUCCAAGGUGGCCUGGGCCUGGACUUUAAUCAAAUACAGGGGAAAUCUUUACCCCCCUACAUUACACUGUUAUAUCUGGCCAGUUGGUUUCAAGGGGGCCUGGGCAAGAGCAAGAGUAGGUGGUGCAAAGCAAGCCCAUCUCUGAGUAGAAAAACUACCCAAAGCAUGUAUGCUACUGUUAAUAGAGCAGUGAGACCAGCUCUUUCUACAAUAUGAUGCUUGCUUUACAGAGACACUGUAUUAGAAAUAUAUUUUGUAUUUUUCACAGUUUUCCUCAGAAACUGUAUUCUAUCUAAAGUCAUGAGUCCUGAUGAGUGCUCCCCAAGGCACCCACAGGAGGGAGAGCUCAGACAGCGGCGUGCUGACAUUGAGGCAAGGGGAACUGGACCUCGGAUGGGCUUCCCCCAAGUCUUCAGGCCAGUCCCUUCUGUGGGUCUGUGGGGAGCAGGGCAGAGACUCUGACUGAGCCCAGGGUUGGAUCAGAAGAGGGUGGAUCAGAAGAGGCACUACCCAGUGACUGCAGCAGAUCAUACUGCAUGGAGCCUGGUUCUUCAAUUGCCUGCCCUGUAUUUAACAUAUGACUAUAAUAAAAAACGUGGUAUUCUACAGAAGUGGUCUAAAUUCCUUGCCCAAAUUACAUUUAUGUGUCUUCUCUAUACUGUGCACUUUUACUUUCUACAGCAGCCAAAUGGCACUAGUGGGCCAUCAAUAAACACAUGUCCGUUUAAAUCUUGCUCAUCUCCUGGUAAGCUGUCAGCGUCCCCAGCAUUGUUCAUAGGGGCCAUUUGGUCUCAUGAGGAAUAGCCAAGGAAUUCGCUAGCUCACCCCUGCCUGGUCCCUCUUCCUUGGGGACUGUGUGGUUGGCCAGGCUGAUUUCUUCCUGGAGAGAGUGUGAACAAACCACAUCCUAGAGCAAGUGCCAGUGGUAAAAACCAGGGAAAUAUAUUCAAAAGGAAUCAUCUAGAUCAGUGAUCUGAGGCAGUGUAUGGGAGUUGAGUUGCAGAGUGAAGGAAUCGGGGGAGCAGAGGGAGCCGGAGAUGAUGGGGAUCAGAGCAGUCCAGGUGAACACAGACCGUUGGCUGUCACUGCCCUUUCAUGUGUCUGGGGUUGUGUAGCUUUUGGGCAGGUCAGAUUCAUUUAUGGAGCAAAAGAGAUAGGACCCUGAGGGCCCAGAGCUAUUCAGGAGGCUCUAAUCUGAAGUAUAAUAAUGUACAUGUGUUAUAUCAUGUGUCUGAUUAUUGAGCUUCUGUGCUGAUGCCUUACAAAGAAAAUUAUUCAUGCAAUAAGCCAGUCAGUGAACAAGUAGUACUUAAGUUCCAGCUGUAUGUGAAGCAUGGCCUGGCCCCCUGGGAAUACCUACUGCAGGUCGCAGAGGCCAUCCUGACCCCAGUGUCCAUGUGCAGAAGAGCACACAGCAGAAGCACAGCAUUAAAUGACAUAAAUGGGUUUAGAAAGUGUAUGUAGCACAAAUGCACACUAUAGUAUCAGGAAUAUAAUUCAAGGAUAAGAACAUCUUACAGGCAGGGGAUCAGGACUAAGGCCACAAUUUAGGGGAGAGGAGAGAUACCAUGUGUGCCAGUCUGAAUGUAUUAUGUCCCCCCAAAUGCCAUUAUCUUUGAUGUAAUCUUGUGUGGGCAGACCUAUCAGUGUUAAUUAGAUUGUAAUUCUUUGAAUGUUUCCAUGGAGAU